AUGGAUGUUCAUACUGUCCAUCAUGACUCCGCAUCUUCGGCUGCGACUCCAGCUUCGACUAACAGCACUCAGGGCGCGCCGGCCUCUGUUGCUUCGGCCGUUUUCGACCCGUCUACCGAGUAUUGUACUCCAGACAUGGUUUUCUUUCGGAAGCCGCCCUCCCCUUUUUCCCAAUGGGCACCGUCAACCUUCACGGUCGAUGGCGUUGCUUACUCGUGUGCCGAACAAUUUUUCGCUGCAGAAAAAGCCCGUCUUUUCGGAGAUCGCUGUGCUUUGCAGAACAUCACGCGAGUGUCAGACCCGGCCUUACACAAAAAUUUUGGCCGUGAGGUCCGUGGUUUCGACCAAUCUCUUUGGGAACAAGAAUGCGAAAACGUUGUGCUCACUGGCUCUUACGCAAAAUUAAGUCAAAAUUCCGAGUUACGAAGUCAUCUCCUCGGAUCUGAUGACAAAAUCCUUGCCGAAGCCAGUCCUUCCGACCGUGUUUGGGGCAUUGGCCUCCAGGCCGAUCAUCCUGACGCUGGAUGCACAUCUAGAUGGCGCGGCCUCAACCUGUUAGGCACCGCCCUACAGAACGUACGCAGUCUUUUAAGACACCGUGCCCCGCCUCCCGAGCGCAGCUCUCGUUUGCUGCCUCCGACCGACCACGUUCCGACGUCGUCCCUUCAUUCUGUCGCACCCGUCACGUCUCGCCCCUAUCGCGUUAAUCCCCCGGUGGCGAAACAAGUUGACGCGAUCCUUGACCAAUAUCUGGCGGCAGGUUUGAUCCAACAUUCGACCUCGCCUUACUCGAGCCCUUUGGAAGUCAUACCGAAGAAAUCUGGUGUUGUUCGCAUCACCGUCAAUUAUAGCAAGCUCAACAAGCUUUGUGCUUUGAGUCAGCUUCCGAUUCCUCGAGUCGAUGAUACUUUGGACAAGUUGUUGGAUGGGCGAAUUUAUUCCCUUUUCGACAUGAAAUCUUCGUUCCACCAAAUCACGGUGCACCGCGAUACAAUCCCUUUGACGGCAUUCGUGGCGUCUUCCCGUCUUUUCGAGUGGUUGAAGAUGCCUCAAGGCAGUUCGGCUGUCCCUGGGCCUAACGGUGCCAAGGUUUCGGCCCUCACCAAAAUGCCUAUGCCCAGGGAUGUCAAGCAACUACGCUCCCUUCUCGGUGGUCUCAGGUACUACCGUAAGUUUCUCCCCAACAUGGCUAAAUGCAUUCGCCCUCUGACUACUCUAUUCAAGAAGCAGGAAAAGUUUAUCUUCACCCCAUGGAGCAAGCAAGCCGUUCGCGUUUUAGUGGCUGAGUUGGCCAAUCCCCCCGUAUUGGUUUAUCCAGAUUGGGAUGCUGUUUCAGACGGCUCGCGACCUUUUCAUCUUUACUGUGAUGCUAGUCGCGAUGGGUUUGGUGGAACGCUCGAACGAGAACAGCCAGAUGCUUCCAUUCGCCCAAUUGUCUUCAUCAGUCGGGCUAUUUUGGACUCAGAACGUCACUGGACUCCCCUCGAUCUCGAGGCGGGUAGCAUCGUGUGGUGUAUCAAGCGCCUUCGCGGCUACUUGUGGGGUACAAAAUUUGGCAUUUUUACCGACCACAAAUCUCUCGAGCAUUUUGCUAAGAUGGGGGAGAACAAUGCCCGCGUUCAGCGCUGGCUGGAAUUUCUUACCGCCUACAAUCACACUCUCGAGUAUCGCAAGGGUUCCGCAAAUGGCAACGCUGAUUUCCUCUCACGCCUCUCAGUCGCUGCGGCUGAAUGCGACCGCUCGGGUCGCAGCCGUCUGACCCCGGCUGAGGAUGAAGAGGCGGUGUUUUUCAUCCGGUCGCGUGGCCUUACCCCUUCCGGUGAUCGGGCAGCGGCUGACAUCCUUGUCAACAGGUAUAUCCCUUUGUGGGGUUGCCCGUUGAGUCUUUUGUCUGACAACGGCUCUCAGUUUUGCUCUAAGUUGUCACAAGUCGUGUAUGCCCGUCUUGCUAUCCGCAAAGUGGCUACUAGCUCGUACCAUCCCAAUGGAAGUGGGGGUGUGGAUCGUGUCAACCACACUAUGGCUCAGAUGUUGACUAUGGUCGUCAACGAACGACAAGAUGAUUGGGACAUUCAUCUCCCCCACGUCGCGUUUGCUUACAACAAUUCCGUUAGCGCCGCUACCGGUUUAGCACCCAAUGAGGUUUGCCUGACCAACAUCGCCACACAAAUCGCCGUUAUCGUGCGAUGCGCAUUGGGGCCGCUACCAGGGAAUUGGCGCGUGCUCAAGGACAUGAUCUAG